AUGACUGACACACCAAAGAAAUCAACUGAAGCUGAAGAUGUUUUAGAAUUUUUAGCUUCAUUACCAGAAACUGAUCAAUCAAAAUUAAAAGAUUUAAAAGAUAAACAAUCAAAAGGUGAUGAUACUGAUAUCUUGAAUUUUUUAGAUGAAUUAGAAGCUAAUGAUAAGAGGGGGAAGAAAGCUGAGCCAAAACAAUCAAAGGAACAAUCAAAGGAAAAAUCAAAGGAAGUUGCAAAAGAGGAAUCAAAAGAAGAACCAAAACAAUCAAAAGAAGUUGAUGAUAUCGAAUCAAAAGAUGUUAAUAAAGAUACAAAUCAAUCAAAUGAAACACAAGAUAAUGAUGUUAAUCAACCAUUACCAGAAUUAAAUGAUCCAAUCACUUCAAUUUCAAAUUGGUGGUCAUCAAGUGGUUCAGCAACUGUUAAUUCAUUUUGGUCAAAUGCAACUCAACAAGCAAAUAAUUUUGCAUCAAGAGCUUCUGAAGAAGCAACAAAAUUUGCCAAAGAAAAUAAUAUAGAUGUUGAAUCAAUUAAAAAUUUACAAAUUGAUGAAGAAACCAAGAGAAAAUUUAUAAAUAAUGAAGAAAUUUCAUUACCUGAUCCAUCAAGAGCUUUUGGAUUUUUAACUAAAAACCUUUCAAAUGUUUUAAAUUCAAUAGUACAAACUGAUGAAAUUUUAAAAAUUAAUUUAAUUCAUGAUUUAGAAAAUUUUAAUUCAUUAAAUGGAUUAUUAACAAAAAAUUUUAAAAAAGUUAUUAAACAAGUUCAAGGUGGUAUUAAAAUUGAAAUAAUUGAAAAUCAUAUCUCAUCAUCAUCAAAUCAAAUUAAUCAUAAUAAGAGACAUUUAAAUUUAUUUGAAGGUAAAAUUAUUGAUGGAGAAAAAUUAAUUUUUGCAAAUUUAAAUAAUUCAAUAAAAGAAUUUGAAAAAGUAACUAAAAAUUCAGAGAAUAAAGAUGAAGAAGAUUCCAAAAGAUCUUCAAAUUUAUUUAUUUCAAUUUUACCAAUUCGUUCAUCAAAUAAUAAAUCAAAUUCAGAAGAUGAUUCAAUUAUAUCAAUUGAUAAUCAAUCAAAUGAAAGUUUUUCAUUUACUUUAAUUUUAAAAGAUAUUACACAUGAUAUUUCAAUAAUUACAAGAUCACAACCAUUCCCAAUCAAAUGGGCUCAUUGGAUUGAUGGUUCAAUAAGUCAAGAUGAUGAUGAUGAAUCAAAACAAUCAAAAGAACCAAAAGAUGAUGAUGAAGAAAUUGAUCCAUCAGAAUGGGUUAAAGAUUGGAUUGAUGAUGGAUUAUCAUUAAGUUUUGGUAUUUUGGCUCAAAGUUAUGUUGUUAAGAGAAUGGGUUAUGAUUAA